AAACAGGACAGUCGCGUGCCGGUUAAGGACCCCCCCUUGUAAAAGCCGAGAUGGCGGCGGCGGUAGCCGACGCCGGCGAGUUUGAAAGUUGGCUAAAUGAGCGCCUGGACUCGCUGGAAGCAGACCGGGAGGUGUACGGAACAUACAUAUUGGGGGUGCUGCAAGAGGAGGAAAGUGACGAGGAUAAAUGGGACGCGCUUCAAGGGAUUUUAUCCGCAUUUCUGGGUGACGACACCUUGGAGGAGGUCUGCAAACAAAUCAUCGACCAGUGGGCGGACUUCUGCAGCCGCUCAGCAAACAAGAAGGACGCUGGAGACGUCGAGGUCCAGGCCAUCGCCAGCAUGAUGGAGAAACAAGCCCAGAUUGUAGUGAGACAGAAAGAAGUGACGGAGGAGUCCAAAAAGAGGAAAGAGGCCCUCCUGGCGCAGUACGCCAACGUGACGGACGGAGAGGAAUAUCCUCAACGUUUAGCGACAUUUACUAUGUUUUUUGCCUUAACUGUGAACACUGAAGGGGAAGACGAGGAGUCUCCAAAAGCCAUCGCCGGACAAGAGAAGUCCAUGUUCAAGAACACCAACGCGGUGGAGGUCCUGAACAGACAAAAGCAGAAGCGGGAUCAGGCCCGCGAAGACGCUCAGAAGAAGAAGGAAAUGGACAAGAUGCAGAGGGAAAAGGACAAGCUGGCCAAACAGGACAGGAAGGAGAAAGAGAAGAAGCGCACACAGAAGGGUGAACGCAAAAGAUAAAGCGAGAGAAAGGACUUUUGCGCGUGCGUGGGAAAAGGGUCGGCAAGACGAGAAGCACUUGAGAUGAUGUGCUUGUGUGUGUUCCUGAACGGGAUAUCUAUAACAAUUCUGUUUCUGAGAUAAUUAGACACAAUUGCCUUUUGUAUGGUUAAGACCUUUUUUGACUAAGAUUACAAGAAAACAAAUGAAAAAUGGUGUUCCACGUCUUUUUCAAGUAAUAAAAUAUUUGGAGCAA